GUGAUUAUAAAGAAUACGCCAUUAAAAUUAUGAAUCUUGCCGAUAAUUUUUCCGAUAAAGAAAUAUUAAGAGUAUUUAAAGAGACAAAACAUAUGUCAAAAGUUCAAUCAAAAUAUUGUGUUGAAUAUUACGACUCAUGGCUUGAAAGAGACUGUUAUUACAUACAAAUGGAGUUAUAUGCCGAUAGUCUCAAGAAUUUUCUUGAACACAAACCCCAAGAACUCGAUAGAGAUAAAUGGCAUCCUAUGAAUAGUUACGAGUAUUUCAUUUCGUGCGAAAUAUUCCGCGAAAUUCUUGAAUGUGUUCAGUAUUUGCAUGAAAUGCAGCCACCGAUCAUUCACCGGGAUCUCAGUCCGGCGAAUAUAUUGAUUAGCGAGAGUGCAAAGAGCGGCAGGUUUAUUAAAUUAGGCGACUUCGGACUGGCUACAAUUCACGACCCGCAACGUAUAAAUGAUACGAAAAGUAAGUACACUGGAGGCGUGGGCACCUAUGGCUUCAUGGCACCGGAAGUUUUUGACUGCAAGCCGUACAGUCAUAAAUGCGAUAUUUAUAGCCUGGCUAUAAUAGGCACAAAAUUGUUUGAAUUUGAUUUGGUCACAUUCGACAAGGACAACCCGCAACCGUACUCCUCGCACAAUGCAAACUUAAAUGAUCCGGAAAUCAAUUUAGAAGGAUUGAAUGCCAAGGAGAAGGAGCGGGCAUUAAAUGAAGCACAGAGUCUACUGAAAGUACGUUCCCCUUAUGUGGUCGAGUAUUACCAUUCGUGGGAAACCAAGGACCAGGUAUGCAUACAAAUGGAGCUCUGUUCGCAUAACUUGCGCGAUGUUAUCGACGAUAAGCCGCACCUAUUUGACAGGAAUGAUGAACAGGCUCUCAAUGAGUUUGAGUAUUUUGUAUCAUGCAAGAUUUUUGAGCAAAUCCUAGAAUCCGUGCAAUACAUACACAAAUUAGAUCCCAUAAUAAUUCACCGUGAUCUGAAACCUGAGAAUAUCCUGGUAAUUUCCGGACAGGCAGGGAACGGUAAGUUUUUGAAGUUAUGCGAUUUCGGUUUGGCUAAGUUUCACGACCGACACGUCCACUACAUGACCGCUAAUAAACAUACGGCAGAUGUCGGCGAUAUUAGGUAUAUGGCCCCGGAAGUGAUUCAGGGCAAAAAGUACGGUCACAAAUGCGAUAUAUAUACGACGUUAAAGAAUUGA